UCCAGCUCCACUGCGCUCCAGUCCAGCUCGUGUGCAAACACCCACCGAACCGGGUGUCUCGUGCUACCGUAGGAAACCAAACCCCUCCACCCAUGAGCCAUGCUGUUUCUGGCGUUAGCGCUGUGUCUCAGCCGGGCGGUUAAUGCCGCUCUGAGCGAGGAUGCUGAGGUCGCAGAGCUGGUGGAGUUGGAGGACUACGCGCUCUCCAGAGCGGACUUUGCCACCGUUCCUCGCAGAGUCGCGCGCCAGGUGAAGACGCUUCUGACCAAGGAAACCAAACCACAUAUUCAGGAGUACUCAGUGCAGACCACCAUCAUCUCUCGGUAUGCUUUUACCGCUGUGUCCUGCACAAUGUUCAACAGGCACAGCGCUGCCAUUCAGGGGGUUUUCCAAUUCCAAGUGCCAGCAGCCGCCUACGUCUCUAACUUCACCAUGAUUGUGGGAGGAAGAGUGUUCCCCAGUCAAAUUAAAGCAAAAGAGAAGAAAGUGAGAAAGGACAAAGGGGAGAACAACGGCAAACCAAAGAGCAAGGAGUCAACAGAGGUCAGUGAUGGUGAGAUGGAGUUGUUCCGCAUGGCCGUCACCAUCCCAGGGCGGAACCGUGCCAUUUUCCUGCUGACCUAUGAGGAGCUGCUGCAGAGACGGUUGGGUUACUAUGAACAUGUGACCAGCGUCCGGCCCAUGCAGUUGGUUAGCAAGCUCAGUGUUGGGGUUACCAUAGUGGAGCAUUCGCGCAUCAAAUACCUCGAGGUGCUUCCUUUACGUAACAGCAGAACGUCGGCCUCCAGCAGCAGGAGCAAGACUGACGGUAAAGAGUCUAUGCCUGUUUCCACGGUGAUCAGACAGAACAAAACUUUCUGCAAGAUCACCUUCACCCCCAACAUUGUUCAGCAGGUCAAAAUCGCCAACAAUGGAAUGCUGGGAGAUUUCGUGGUUCGCUAUGAUGUGGACAGAGAAAUAGGGAUUGGGGACAUUCAGGUUCUGGAUGGACAUUUCGUGCAUUAUUUUGCCCCCAAAGACCUGCCUGUUGUACCCAAGAAUGUUGUGUUUGUGAUUGACACCAGUGCCUCUAUGGUCGGGACCAAAAUCAGACAGACUAAAGAUGCUCUAUUCACCAUUCUGAGGGACUUGCGUCCAAAUGAUCGGUUCAACUUUGUAACUUUCUCCAACCGCAUACGAGUCUGGCAGCCUGGCCAGCUGGUGUCCGUCACACCCAAUAGCGUGCGGGAUGCCAAGAAGUUCAUCUACAUGAUCUCACCCACCGGAGGCACAGACAUUAACAAUGCCAUCCAGACUGGCUCCUCAUUGCUGCGUGACUACCUGUCGACACGUCCAGAGUCCAGUCACAACAGUGUGUCCCUCAUCAUCUUCCUGACUGACGGUCGGCCCACGGUGGGCGAGCUGCAGACCCCCAGCAUCCUCGGCAAAACCAAAACUGCAGUGCAAGAGAAAUUCUGCAUUUUUACCAUAGGCAUGGGUAACGAUGUGGACUACAGGCUUCUGGAGCGAAUGGCUCUGGAGAACUGUGGCACCAUGAGGAGAAUUCCAGAGGAGGCGGAUGCUAGUGCCAUGCUGAAAGGCUUCUAUGAUGAGAUCGGCACUCCUCUUCUGUCAGACAUCCGUGUGGAUUACUCAGAAGACGCUGUUGAAUAUGUCACACAGCACUUUUUUCCCAACUACUUCAAUGGCUCUGAAAUCGUGGUGGCUGGCAAGCUGACCAAUCACAGCUCAGACUCUCUCCACAUUCAGGUGACGGCUAGCAACAGCGACCGUAGUCUGCGGCUAGAGAAGGAUGUGUUGCUAACUCAACGCGAGCAAGAGACAAAGCAGCGGCUGACAGAGGCCGAGGCAGGGCCGGACGCAGAUGGAUACGUUGAGCGUCUGUGGGGUUUCCUGAGCGUGAAGGAUGGCCUGAAGGGGCGACUGCGGAGCCAGACGAGCAGCGAGAGAGAGAAAUUCACGCAGCAAGCCGCCAAUCUCUCGCUAGAGUACAACUUCCUAACACCGCUCACACAGAUGGUAGUGGAAACGCCACAGGUGUUAGCCAAUGGCACUUUAGCAGAGGCUGAGCCUACAGAAGCACCAAUGUCCACUGAUUCAGAAGCAGCCAAUCAGCUGCCAGAUCAGGAGUCAACUGGAAACACACCCCAGAGUCUGCAGGAGCAGCCAGCACGGAGACCAGCAGCUAGCAUAGCAAAAAAUGGAGUUAAAAAGACCGCCAAAAAGUCUGUCACCCUCUCCAAAACAUCCGCGGAUGGAGAUCCUCACUUUGUGGUGGAUUUCCCUCUCAGCAAACUGACCGUGUGUUUUAACAUCAACGGACAGGCUGGAGACGUCCUUCGGCUAGUGACUGACCACAAACAGUCUGGUGUGACCGUAAAUGGUAAGCUGAUUGGAGCUCCAGCCCCAGCUGGUAGCCACAAACAGCAGCGCACAUAUUUCAGCUCCAUUAUUGUAGUUGUGGAUAAACCCCGGCGCUCGUACAUUGAGGUGACCCCGCGUAAGGUUAUCCUGGACGGCCGUGACCGCAUGAUCCUUCCCUGCAGCUCCAGCAUCUCAGUGGAAAGCGAAAGUCUUGGUGUGGCCAUUGUUGCUGACACCAACAUCACUGUAACCAUUCAGAAGACAAUCCGGUUCAUCAUCCUGCUGCAUACUUAUAAAAACCCUGCCCCUUACCAGCGAGACCACCUGGGCUUCUACAUAGCAAACAGCCAAGGACUUAGCAACACUACACACGGGCUGUUAGGCCAGUUUCUGUUUGAAGAAGUUGGACUAACACAACUUUCUGGAAACAUCACUGCGGCAAAAGGAAAUGAAACACAGGAAACAAGCAUUACUGGCAACCUAGAGCCCAGACCCAUGGCCCUGAAGGUGAAGGAGCGUACCGUUGCCGUGGUGAAGAAGAGCAGGCGCAUCUACUCUGGCACUCAGAUAGUGGACUGCUGGUUUGCCAGAAACAAUGCCGCUAAACUGAUCGAUGGGCAGUACCAGGACUAUGUAGUGUCCCACCUAUUCGACACAGGUGACUGGCCACAUGGGACCAAUACACACUAAGGGAAACACACGCAUACAUUCACUCAAACACCGUCACACAGAAUGAUGUCUCUUUCUGGAUUAACGGGUACCUACAGACAAAUCCAUGGGAGGCUUCCUUCUUUUUUUUUUCCCCAUUUGAAACACUAGCUGUCCUGUACAUGUUGAAUUUUAUGAUGAAUGGACUGAUAUAAAUGAUUCAAAAGUACUUUAAUGUACAUUAAAGUUAAGAAUGUUUUUUCCUUCUCCUGAGAAGUUACCAUUUCAGCGAGAUGAGGUUUUGUUACAAUAGUGACAAUAUACAGCAUAUGAGUUAUAUCUGUGUAACACUGCAACUUAAAACUACUGCAUAACUUAAGUGUUUAUAUAUUUCUACAUUUUGUACCUUUCUGAAAUCUAAUGUAAUAUGAUGAAAAUCAUGUUUUAAUAGUUUUAUACUGAUACUGUAAUUUAAAUCUUAACAAAAGAACAAAUAUGAGGAUUUUGAUGCUGUUCUAUUUACAAAUUUGAAAAAUAAACCAAAAGGUGGCACCUGUAAGCUGUAUCAUGUGUGGCCAAGUAUGAUGAGGAAGGCUCUUUAUAGCGGAAGUGCUCAGCGUUUACCGUUUUCUUGAAUGACCUUUCCAGGAAUCAUACUGGAUUAAAAUCACUCCACAAUUAUUACUGUCAGACUAUAAAAAAUACACACACUGCAGAUUCAUAUUGAAUUAAAAUCACUCCUUAACUACCCAUACUGCACUUUCAUACAUACAGAAACAAUUAUUGAUGGGAGAAAUUUUACAUACAUUGGCAAAAAAUGGACAUAUAAAACACCAAAGUUUUUAAAAAGGUUCAUUAUAAAAUAAAUAAAAUAAUAACACCAGUAUACUAACAUUUUAGCAGUGUAGCCUGUUUAGAACCUUCAGCUUUUAGGAUUCUUAAAGCAAUUUAAGGCUGAACCUUUGCUUUCAUUGUUAAAAUAUGAUUCAAUGACUUACCUUCAGAAAAGAAAGUAACCACACCUUAAAAAAGCUUGUUAUUCAGUUACUACAGGGACUUCAGUGCAAACUGGUAAAGCUACUCUUAGGUUAUAGAAGUGUGUAAUAUAACUUUUGGCCUGCCAGUGAGCCCUGGCCAUUUAAGGGGAAUAAAAUUCUGGGUUCAUGGAAGAUCUAGUGGUCAGUUAACAGAGCAAUUGAACUUCAAGUUUACAUAACUUGAAUAUUUGAAUUCAAUUUUAAAACCAACCAGGUUCCUUAUUUUUGAAAGUUAGAACAUUAAAUAAUUUGUUUACAGUGUUUUAACCUGCAUCAUGUAGCCCCUAUGCCCCCCAACCCCCCGUCUGUCAAAAGAAUGAACAUGCUUGCAUCUUAGAGCCACAUGAAAAAGCCUCUAAUUAAAAGAAACAUUAUACAC